GAUUGGUUUAGCCAUACCGUCUAAAACCCGGAAGUUGUCGUUUCUCUUGAGCACGCGCAGUCCUUUACCGUCCGACCUCUGGCACAGUCUGAUUAACUCGAGGUAGUCGUGUCUGUGUAUUGGAACACUUUAUCCCAUCAUUAUGUACGCCUGUGCUAAAUUCGUCUCCACCCCUUCACUGUUGCGUGCUGGAGCGCGUGCUCUCUACAGACCCCUCGCUGCUAAUGUGGUGUCAGGACGCGAUGCUGGCAGCGUGGAGGCUCCCUCGUUCCUGGCCUCCCAGCAGCAGGUGGCGCUCCGUGGCUUCCAGACCAGCGCAGUGAGCCGGGACAUUGACACUGCUGCUAAGUUUAUCGGAGCAGGCGCUGCCACAGUGGGCGUCGCCGGGUCCGGCGCCGGGAUCGGCACUGUGUUCGGCAGUCUCAUCAUCGGAUAUGCCAGGAACCCAUCUUUGAAGCAGCAGCUGUUCUCCUAUGCAAUCUUGGGCUUUGCUCUCUCUGAAGCCAUGGGUCUCUUCUGUCUGAUGGUGGCUUUCCUCAUCCUCUUCGCCAUGUAAACAAAUCCUCUUCCACAACAACCUCUACUAUUGGUCCAUACCGUCAUCAUGACUACCAGAGCAGCACUUGAAUAUACUCAUCAUAUAUAUAUAUGUAUGUAUGUAUGUAUGUAUGUAUGUAUGUAUGUAUGUAUGUAUGUAUGUAUGUAUGUAUGUAUGUAUGUAUGUAUGUAUGUAUGUAUGUAUGUAUGUAUGUAUGUAUGUAUGUGUGUGUAUAUAUGACACACACAGCAGCCACUACUGUAGGUUAAUUUAAACUAUGAUACUAGUCCUAGUUUCAACUAGACUAGGAUCCUAGUAAAGGCUAGACUGAUCCAAGUCAUUGAGAAUGAAUCAUGGACCCGCUCAUGUCUCACUGUCUGUAGUGCUGGCUGUUUUUAAACUGGUGGUUUUAUAAUGGCAUUGUUUAUUGUACCUUUGUUGUUAAAAGAAAAUGGAAUAUAACACACUAAAAUAAAUGUAUUUCAAUCAUUUGAAAGUUGUU